UUCUGAUCGGUAUUACUCUUUUUUAAGUUUCUUCUUCUUCUUCGAAUUUGGUCUCUGGAGUUUCGUAUAAGAUUUCCAGUGAAAUUUCAAAUCCAGGUUUCAGAUUUGAGCUUGAACUGAUUUGUGAAGGGAUAAAUUCGAGUGUCUGGACAGAAUUGCGUAGAUAUAUAUAGGUGAAAAGGAAAAUGCCGUCUCAGAAAAUUGAAUCAGGACAUCAGGACACUGUUCACGAUGUGGUUAUGGAUUACUAUGGGAAGCGCAUAGCUACUGCAUCGUCUGAUACUACUAUUAAGAUAAUUGGUGUCAGUAAUAAUGCUUCGCAGCCUCUUGCUACUUUGACUGGUCACCAAGGUCCUGUAUGGCAGGUUGCGUGGGCACAUCCUAAAUUUGGUUCUCUUUUAGCGUCUUGUUCUUAUGAUGGAAAAGUGAUUAUUUGGAAAGAAGGUAACCAGAAUGAAUGGAGUCAAGCUCAUGUUUUUAGUGACCAUAAAUCUUCUGUGAAUUCAAUCGCUUGGGCUCCUCAUGAACUUGGUCUUUGUUUGGCUUGUGGGUCUUCGGAUGGAAAUAUCUCGGUUUUUUCUGCUAGGAAUGAUGGUGGUUGGGAGACGACUAAGAUUGAUCAAGCACACCCUGUGGGCGUAACUUCAGUUUCUUGGGCUCCAGCGACAGCUCCUGGAGCUCUAGUGGGAUCUGCUGCUCUUGAUCCUGUUCAGAAGCUUGUUUCUGGUGGUUGUGAUAAUACUGUGAAGGUCUGGAAACUUUACAAUGGAACAUGGAAGAUGGAUUGCUUCCCGGCUCUUCAGAUGCACAGGGAUUGGGUGAGGGAUGUGUCUUGGGCACCAAAUCUAGGACUUCCAAAAUCAACUAUUGCAAGUUGUUCACAGGAUGGAACUGUUAUUAUAUGGACUGUUGCAAAGGAAGGAGACCAGUGGGAAGGUAAAGUGUUGCAGGAUUUUAAUACUCCUGUAUGGAGGGUUUCGUGGUCUCUUACUGGUGAUAUUUUGGCUGUGGCUGAUGGUAACAACAAUGUUACCCUGUGGAAAGAAGCAGUGGACGGAGAAUGGCAGCAGGUGACAACAGUACAGCCCCAGUAAUUCACGUUCUAAAUUUUCAUUGGUAGCUUAUUAUAUAUCGUCUUGGGCUGUUUUUUGUGUCUUUCUUCCUCUUACCCUUUUGUAGAACUUCUAUUCUUGUUAUUUUUCUCCAGUGAUUAUACAUUUCCGAAUAGUGAUGUUCAAUUUGAAACUCCAAGAUUUCAAGGGUUUUAUAGAAUUGAAGUUGAUGAACUAAUUGCUUUCUUUUUCA